AUGGCCGCGCCCCAACAGAACGAGGACGGUUCCUACAACUACGACAAACCGUCAAAGACUUUAGAGAGCGGGUCAAAGUCUGAAAUGCCGGAUAUGAAGUAUUUGCCGCCGGCAGAUAAAAAGGAUGCAGAACCGGCCGCCCCAGAUAUGCCGGCCGAUGUGAGGACCCCGGAUAUUGCCGCGCCCCAGCAAAAUGAGGACGGUUCCUACAAUUACGACAAACCUUCAAAGUCCUUGGAUAGCGAACCCAAGUCUGAAAUGCCGGAUAUGAAAUAUUUGCCGCCGGCAGAUAAAAAGGAUGCAGAACCGACGGCUCCAGAUAUGCCGGCCGAUGCGAAGACUCCGGAUAUGGCCGCGCCCCAACAAAAUGAGGACGGGUCCUACAAUUAUGAAAAACCCUCGAAAACCUUGGAGAGUGAGGCAAAGGCUGACUCACCAGAAAUGAAAUAUUUGCCACCAGCAGAGAUGAAGGAGGCUGGAGCAGCAUCUCCGGACAUGAAGUAUCUGCCGCCUUCUUCGGACAAGACAGCAGACGCGAAAUCCCCAGGUACUGCCGCGCCUCAGCAAAACGAGGACGGCUCCUACAAUUACGACAAACCCUCAAAGACGCUGGAGGGCGAAGCAAAGUCUACGGCCGACGCCGUGCCGGACAUGAAGUACUUGCCUCCCACAGAGAAGAAGGAGGCCGGGACGGCGUCUGCGUCCCCGGACAUGAAGUACCUGCCGCCCUCGACCGACAAGGAGGGCGCUGGCGACCCAAAGACGGCCCCCGCCCCGCAACAAAAUUCGGACGGCUCUUACAACUACGAUAAGCCUUCGAAACCGUUUGACGGCAGUUCUAAAGCUCCCGCCGCCGCUGAGGGUGGUGGUGGUGCGGCCCCGGACAUGAAGUAUCUCCCGCCCGCCUCUGACAAGGGUGGCCCGGGCGGCGGAUCCGGCCCCGACGUGAAAUACUUGCCUCCAUCAUCCGACAAGGCCGGCGCCGCCCAGGCUCCCGCCGCGGCCCGGCCCCCGCAGAACGACGACGGCUCGUACAACUACGACAAGCCGGCUAAUCCGCUGCCCGCCGCCGCGAAUGGGGACGCUGCCCCCGACAUGAAAAAAACUUCACCUACGAGUUCUUGCAUGACUUCAGUUCCACGAGCUGGAUUUCUAAUCAUAUCUUAA